AUGCUUACCUCCAAAGGCGUUGCCCUCGUGACAGGCUGCACAGGCGGCAUAGGCCGUGCUGUCUCUCUGCGCCUUGCAGCAGACGGAUUCGACCUCGCACUCAAUGAUCUCCCGCACAAGCGAGAUGCCGUCGACAGCAUCGCAGCAGAGCUUUCACAAGUGCGCUCGGGGAUCAAGACGUGCUCUGCGCUUGCAGAUCUUCGUUACGAAAACGAGGUCAAGGAUAUGGUAGCGUCUGUGUCGGACCAACUGGGUGGUAUUGACGUGCUGGUGGCUAAUGCGGGCGUGGUCAGAGUUAAUGCGCUUGCCGAGCUGAGCGAAACGGAUUGGGAUGACGCAUUCUCGAUUAACGUCAAGGGUACAUUCUUUUGCUACAAACACAUCGGCGCACAGAUGGUGAAGCAGGGACGCGGGGGACGCAUCAUCGGCAUGAGUUCGCUAGCAGGGAAAAAAGGUUUUGCCCUCCUCGGCGCGUAUUGCUCUUCCAAGUUUGCCGUGCGCGGCUUGACACAGGUCGCCGCCGCUGAGCUCGGGUCUCAUGGGAUCACGGUGAAUGCAUGUGCACCUGGCUUGGUAGAGACGCCUAUGCUUAAUGAACUUCACGAUGGGAUACUGAGGGCGAGUGGUGGUACUGUUGAUAUCUCAGCCACGAUCAAACAGCUUUCAACACUUGGAACCAACGGACAACCCAAGGACAUCGCAGACCUUAUAUCAUACCUGGCGUCCAAAGAGGCUCGCUUUAUAACAGGGCAAACGAUAUCCAUUGAUGGAGGCGUGCACUUUGACUAA